AAAAAAAGAAAUGGGACCAAAUUCAAAAUUUUGGAAAUCAGAAACUAAAACCGAGAAUCUCACAGAUCAACUGGGUUUUCCAAGUUGGAUUUGGAGCCCAACACCUGUGUUUGGUUUCGAAAACUAUGUACUAAGAUAUACUGCUGUCUCAAUUUCCCAAGGUGUUUUGCUUUGGUUUUGAAGAAAAUGUGGGAAUAUUUUCACGUGUUGUGGCGUCAAAACUUGACAUCAAAUGGUAAAGAUGCUGAAGAUAUUAAGGAAAGCGUCCAAGUAGAAAGCAAACCUAAGCUGGAUAUCCGCCUCAGUGACCUGAAACUUGUUCUGGGACCAGAACUGAGGAUAGUUUAUCCUCUAAUUCUCAAUUUUGCUGUUAGUGGAGAACUUGAGUUAAAUGGUGUUGCUCAUCCCAAGUGGAUAAAGCCUAAAGGCGUAUUAAUGUUUGAGAAUGGAGAUGUCAAUCUUGUUGCAACACAGGUUAAACCUUUUGAACUCUUUUCUCGUCCUGGCAAGUUUUGA